AAAUGGUCAGUGUCAGACCACAUUGGUACAGAAUAUAGAAGCAGAAGGGACUAAACGGCUCCAUUCGAACUGAACUGGGAAUUUGAUUCUGCUUAAUCAGCUAAAUUAAAAGACAACAAAAUCAUGGAGACAAACACAACUUUCCCUGACUUCUUCGGCAAUCACAGCUUCACCAAUAUCACGUGUUCCCGUAACAACGUGUUGAAGACUGUGGUCUUUCCUGUUCUCUACUCCUUCCUCUUCUUGCUGGGACUGACACUCAACGGCGUGGCGGUGUGGGUGUUUUUUCGCAUCCCCUCCCGGUCUCACUUCAUCAUAUACCUGAAGAAUAUUGUGGUUGCGGACGUCAUCAUGACCUUCACAUUCCCUUUCAAGGUGUUAUCAGACUCCAACAUGGCGUCCACUGGCCUGCGUGUGUUUGUGUGCCGAGUUUCCUCAGUGCUCUUCUACCUCACCAUGUACAUCAGCAUCCUGUUCUUCGGCCUCAUCAGCAUCGAUCGCUGCAGGAAGACCCUCAAGCCCUUCAGGGGCACUAACGCGUCCCGGUUGGCUCGUCGGAAGCUGCUCUCGGGCUUCAUCUGGACCUGUCUGCUCGUCCUCUGUCUGCCCAACGUGAUCCUGACGUGCAAAACCCCCACUGCUCAACACUUCAAGUGCAGCGACCUGAAGACGGAGGCCGGGCUGUUCUGGCAUGUGGUGGUGAAUCAUGUCUGUCAAGUUAUUUUCUGGGGCAACCUGGUGACGGUGAUAGUCUGCUACACCCUGAUAACCAAAGAGCUGUACAGGUCCUACUCCCGCAGUAAGUCCCACAGCGCUGGAGGGGCUGCAUGUCGAGCACAAAGCCGGACAACAACCCGCACGUCCCAGCCGCCCAUAAGGAAAAUCAAUGCAAACGUGUUUCUGGUCCUGGCAGUGUUCUUCCUGUGCUUUGUGCCAUUUCACUUUGCCCGUGUGCCGUACACCAUGAGCCAGACGCGAGGGGUUAUCUUCGACUGUCAGCUCAAGCUCUUCUUCUUUCAGCUGAAAGAGAGUAUGCUGUUCCUCUCAUCGCUGAACUCUCUGCUAGACCCGCUCAUCUACUUCUUCCUCUGCCAGUCCUUCAGAACCACACUGUUCAAGACCCUGCGGCUCCCUCCUGGUUCCUGCAGCUGGCUGACAGGGAGGGGCUCGGACGGGGACACGGGCAGCACCCCUCUGAAAGACUCCUCUGUGGGGACAUGAAGUCCCUGCACAGCACAAAGACACUUGUAUCGUGGUAGUGAGGUGUUGCUAUUUCGUAACAAUGAGAAAUUACCUUUGUGACUACAUUUCACAGUUUGUCCUGAACAACUGAAAACAAAUCAUUAAAUCACCAUUAUAUCAAUAUCUAUCAUAGUUAUUACACUGUAAUUAACACUUAUCAAAAGCUGUUGUGUUGUGUGCCCAAGUUUUUGGUAACAUUGACAGUUUCAAGAUAUAUAUAUAUAUAUAUAUAUAUUUUUUUUUUUUUUUUUUUUUUUUUUUACUUUCAUUUCUUUUUCUGUGAAGGAUAUUCGGGCGAUGUUGAAGAAAAAUAUUUUGAGAAUAAAGUUGUAAUAUUGUGUUAUUAAAGUUUUUAUAUAACGAGAUUAAAAAGAAGAACAUUUUUUGGGUAAAGAAUAAUCCCUUCUUCAGAAGAGACACACUUGCAAACUUUUCCUGAUAUUAAUGAUAAUGUGUUGUUGAUAUGACAACAGAUUAAGUAUUUUUUUAUUUGUGAGACUUAUACUAAAGCAUAACUUCACAAGACGCUUCACCUCCUCAUUUUAACGAAAGAUAAGUUGCAGAUUUUAGAUUUUCCCCGUUAUAAAAAUAAUCUUUACAGCUUCUUAUCGUGAAAUAUUAACUUACAAACUGAAAAUAAAAUGCCACGGUCAUUCAACCCAUUCCUCUUUAACAGUCUGCCUGUACACUAAAUGUCUAGUCUUACAUGUAAACUCCUGUCAACUCACUGUUGUAAUAACUAAUGUGCAUUGUUCACGUUAUCAGUGAGUGAUUGUUUUGGAUAUUAAGUCACA